CCCCUGUGACCCUGUGUUCGGAUAUAGCAGGUUGGAUAAUGGAUGGAUGAUUAAAACUGUUACUUCCAUUAUGUUGUAGAAACUGAUAUUUAAUUUCUAUACAAUAUUUUAUAACUUGUCAAGACACUUAUUGCUAAAACUGCCAUAUGACUGAGGUCAACUCUCCUAUCCAUUCAUUUUCACAAGUUGCUUAUCUUGUUAGGAAGCAUGGCGGUGCAGUAACUGGCACUACUGCCACACAGAUCCAUCAUUCUGGAUCCCAUUAACACUCACUGUCUAUGUAAGGUUUAUGUAUGGUGCCUGUGUUGGUCUGGGCUUCCAUUAGUUUAACAGCUGAGUCGAUAGUGACCUGGUAUAAGUGUGGCUGUGUGUGCAGGAGUUGGCACUAUGGUGUACGCUCCUGCCUUCUGCCAAGUGCUCCUGAGAUGAGCUUGAGCAUCCUGCACCUCUGAAUUCAAUAAAGAAGUCCUUGCAAGGAUUAUGUUUGACGAUGUUGUUGCUCUGGAGCCUAAGCUAGCAACAUGGGUGAUGCUACUUGGCAUGCAAAGAUCAUCUAUGACUGGUCUGACAUGAGUGAAGGGAGAAAUUAAAUGAAAAAAUAAAAUAAAGUACAAUAUACAAAUAAAUUAAAUAGUUAAGGCUGAAAAUGGGACACAAGCUAUUCACUGUAGGGCUGAACCUCUCCACUCAGUAGGCCUCCUACAUAUGAAAAAUGAAGUCUGUUCUAGGAAGCAGUCCUUGUUUAACAUUACACAUACCACCCCUACAAACUUUUAAGGUCUAUGCUUUGCCUCUCACCUCUACACGUCAAGUUGCUGUGAUUCCUACCACUGGGUUUCUCAUUUUCCUCUCAGCACUGGACACAGCCCCCAACCAUAGACUCCCUGGCUAUUAACAUGAUAGAGACGCAGACGACUGUCUCUAACGUGACCCCCGCCCCCUCUCAGCUGGGUAAUUAGCUGUCUCUUCAGCUGUGGCCGUGUUUGCCUAUAUAAACGCCUCCUUUCCUCAGCAGUCAAUACUGUGCACUGCAAUGAUCUCACUCAUUCUCAGCCUCUGCAGCCUGUUGCCUGCCACCUCAGCCUUUGACUUGGGCCAGUCCACACGCUGUGUGGCUAUCCCGGCUGAGAUGAACACCUGCCGAGAUGUGGGUUACACAGAAAUGAGGUUACCUAACUUCCUGGGGCACAGCAGCCUGGAGGCAGAGGUUAUCCCUAAAUCCCAGGAGUGGGUGCCACUGCUGCAAACAGGUUGCCACCCACAUGCCAGGACCUUUCUCUGCUCACUGCUCGCUCCGGUCUGCCUUGACACUUUCAUACAACCCUGCCGGAGCCUAUGUGUGGCAGUGAAGGAACGCUGUGCUCCUGUACUGGCCUGUCAAGGUCAUGCUUGGCCAGAGGACUUGGACUGUGAUCGCUUUCCUGCCCAGGAAGAUAUGUGUCUAAGCCCUGUGUCAAAAGAGGCCGAGUUUUUUUACAAAGUGCUGCCCAGACCCACCUGCCAAGACUGCCCUGAAGUGGAGGAGCCAUUUGCCCACAAGAGGGUGCUGGAAGCCUUCUGCCAGAACAAUUUUGCUGUGAAGGUGAAAGUCCACCGGCGUAGGAUACCUGCAGAUGAAUUAGAGUUUGAGAUUGAGGGAAGAGUGGAAUUUAUUAGCCAGGGCCAUCUCCUUCCCUACGACACACGUAACUUACUUCAGCAAUGGCUGUUUGUGAAUGAAGCUUGUGCCCAAAGGCUGACCCGUGGGGGACGGACGCUGGUCUAUGUGCUGGCAGGAGAUGUACACAAUGGGGUUGUGGCUGUAAACAGAAUAUUUCCCUGGUACCGGAGAGACACACAGCUUUCUGUUGCUGUGCGCAAGUGGAAGCACCACAAGUGCUGAGGAAAUGAACAAACGGCCAAUCACCAAUAUGAUGACUCCAGCUGCCAGAAUGGAUGGGCUUGGUCAAGGCUAGCAUAAUGGACAAACUAGCAGUCUGGCAAUCGUGAGAACUGUCCAAGGCUACACGAGGAUGGACAGAAGCUAUGGCUGGCACAUAAAGACUGGGAAACUAGUGUUGGCAAUAAGUGC